AUUCUUUCUUUCAUCACCCUUUUUUUUUUUACAGACAAGACUGUAUGAUGCUCUCAAAAGCACCUUUAAGAAAGAAGCGUAACUUUAAGAACUUAACACUUCCAAACUCGCCUGUUGUGGUUGGUUCCCCACCAUCAUCUGCUUCUCUGAAUGAAUCAACAGACAGAUCAGCCAUCAAGACUGCUACUAAUGACUAUACUCAACUGUGUGACCAACUAAGUGAGCUGGAGAUUGGUCUUGAACUACGAUUGGAUCUACGCCCUGAAGAUUUUAAGUCAAUAGAUGAGCUUGGAAGAGGAAACGGCGGGACCGUAUCAAAAGUGCUGCAUAUCAGAACAAAUACAGUCAUGGCAAGAAAGAUUGUGCAUAUUGAUGCUAAUAUGAAUGUAAGAAAGCAAAUAAUGCGUGAAUUACAGUUCAUGCACGAUUGCAAUUCAAAACAUAUUGUAAGUUUCUACGGUGCUUUUAUGAAUGGAGGAGAUAUCUCAAUUUGUAUGGAGUACAUGGAUGCGGGCUCACUUGAUCAAAUCUAUAAAAAACAUGGUCCUUUUCCUCUAGAUGUCUUGAAGAAAGUGGCGUAUGCAAUUGUAGAUGGCUUAAUAUACCUUUAUGACGAACAUCGUAUUAUUCAUAGAGAUUUGAAGCCUUCCAAUGUCUUGGUCAAUUCACAAGGUCAAAUUAAGCUAUGUGAUUUUGGUGUUUCUGGUCAAUUGAUCAAUUCAGUAGCAGACACAUUUGUUGGAACAAGUUCAUAUAUGAGUCCGGAAAGGAUUAUGGGGUCUCCUUACUCAGUCAAGUCCGAUGUCUGGUCUUUAGGUAUCACAUUGAUGGAAUUAGCUUUAGGAAGGUUCCCUUUCCCUCCUGAAGGAACACCUUUGUCUAUCUUUGAAUUGCUUCAGCACAUUGUACAUGAACCUGUACCUGUAUUCCCUCCCAACAAAGAAUAUCCUUCUGACUUGACAGACUUUGUUGCUUUAUGGUAUGGAUAUGUUUGUUUAGAUUAUGUUCUCAUUUUGUUUAUAUUAGUUUAACCAAGGAUGUUAAAGAAAGAGCCACACCCAAUGAUCUAAUGAAUCAUCAGUACCUCGUCUCUGCUGCUACAGAAAAAGUAGAUCUCAUU